UAUGCCUUAUGAAGUUUUAUUUCCCAUUUUAAUACAAUGAAUAUGUCUACAUAUUACAAUAUUGUGGAUUUUUAUGCUUUACAGUUGAGCUUCUUCCUUCGAGUUUCUUUGAUCUAAUCAAGAGAUAAAAGGCCUACAGCUUCACAUUCUUCAGGAUUAUUUACAAAAACGAUGGCUCAACCAAGGCUAAAUUUAGGUUACAGUCCCUAAUCUUAACACAGUUUUUAAGUUUAGGUUUCAGCUUUUGGGAUAUUAUUGUUACCUUGAAAAAUGUCAUGUUUAAAAACACCUCACACCCUCUACUAUAGAUGGGAUCUUGGGAAAUACGGUUGAGGACCGGAUCAAUACAAGAAUCCUCAUAACCUCCGCCCCGGCGCAUACCUGGGAGGGCUGCAGACAGUCUAAAGGCUGUGUUGACCUCAGCGCUGCGUCCCUCCAGCAACCGGCGAGUGCUGGGGCACAGGCCAUACCCCCCUAAGCUCGGCAUCGCCUGCACCUCUCACAGGUGCUCUGUCCGCCACAGUAACGCUCUAUGGAAAGUUGUACGGCGAACGACUGAGGGGGCCAAACGAGGUGGAUCUGGAGCGGCCGCAAGGUGCCUGUGCUGCUGGCUUUUAACACACAAUAAGAGUGCCAAGGGAUUACAAGAAGCCACAGGGGGAAAAACAAGUGACAUAUCUGCAUGGAGCCUAAAUUUCGCUUGGUGAUUUUCACGGCAGAAGCAUUACAUAUUAAAAACAAACAUUGCUAUUUUACGGGAAUACAGAAUUUAAAAAUCCACAGAUUCGCAACAUAAAACAUGCCGCCCAAAGACACGUCCGCUGUGUCUCGACAGUUCCGGCUCCGCCCGCGGGCCACGAGGUGGGGAGCGACGGUCACUCCACUCGGUUACCCGGAGUACUUGGGCGGGAACGGGGAGCGCCCGGGAGAGACGGGCUCCUGGGCGAGGGCCGCGUCUUAGCCGCCCUGCUUCUUAGCUCUCGAGGUCCCGCGUGUUACGUGUUAGCACCGCCCCGGGGCGUCAGCAUGACCCGAGGCUGCAGGAACCGUGAACUCCCUGCCCCGAGGGCCCGGGUGACCGCGGGCGGCGCUCUCCCGCGCGCGGGGGGCGGGAUUUCCCUCGGCUGUUCACUCAGCGACCACAGCGACAUAAGAUGGUGUCCGCUAGGCGUCCCAGGACGGCUUCCUGAGGGACUGGAGGGCCCCGACAGCCGGAGAGCCUGCCCCGCCCCUUGGCCGGCACAGAUAGGACGGCAGAGAGCUCAGAAGUUUCGAACUCCAAGGGCCGAAGCACAGCCAAAACCCCACGGAACUUAACAAAUGUUUGUGGGGAGAACGCCGAAAACGCGGGGAGGCGGGGCUGGCGUACAGUCACCCUCUCGCGACAUCUAAGUGACUUCGCACAGCAAGCACGUGUUCUAGUCUUUCACCUUCAGUCAGCCUCCUCCGUUAUACGGGCCUACCCCUUUAAGCGAGUGAUGGACAGUUAUUUCAGCCUAUCAACUUCCUUGCCGAGAUCCAAUCAGAUUUAAACUUCUUUUAGCCGCCGGAGGAGUUGGAAAAAGGGGGUCGAAAGAGGGAGCUCACCGUCUCUCGCGAUAUCGCUGUGAGCCUGCCUCUCUGGAAAAAACGCCGAAACUGAUGGCCCGACCUCCCAAAUAGUGGUUUACAGGAUGGGUUUAUAAGCCAAUGAAAGGGAUGAGGAGGUGGGGUUGCUGCGUUCACUGAGCAAGAAGUACCGUUACAGGGCAGACUUUUUGUCCAAUCAACACCUCCACACUUUGGGUCACGUGACCGCAGAGUGCGAGGGGCGGAGCUACAGUCUGGCGCGAGGAACCGUUAAGAUAGACAACAAAUGUAACCAAUGAGGUACUCUAACUAGGGGGUUGGGAACCCAAUAACAGUGGUUGGGCGGGCGCCUUCCUGGAGCGCGGGGAGAUGUAAAGAUAGACAAAUAAUUUCCCAAUGAGACUGUAGAAGAGAGAGCUAAUUGGCCAAUGAGGACUGCGGGGCGGGACCCUGUGCCGCGGCGGAGUCCAAGAUGGCGGCGUGCGGUUCCGCUGUGUGAAACGAGCGCGGGGCGGCGGGUUAAUCAGCUCCGCGGAGACGACCUCCGACGACCCGCAACAAUGAAGGGAAAAGAGCGCUCGCCAGUGAAGGCCAAACGCUCCCGUGGUGGUGAGGACUCGACUUCCCGCGGAGAGCGGAGCAAGAAGUUAGGGGGCUCUGGUGGCAGCAAUGGGAGCAGCAGCGGAAAGACCGAUAGCGGCGGUGGGUCGCGGCGGAGUCUCCACCUGGACAAGUCCAGCAGUCGAGGUGGCAGCCGCGAGUAUGACACCGGUGGGGGCAGCUCCAGUAGCCGCUUGCAUAGUUAUAGCUCCCCGAGCACCAAAAAUUCUUCGGGCGGGGGCGAGUCGCGCAGCAGCUCCCGGGGUGGAGGCGGGGAGUCACGUUCCUCUGGGGCCGCCUCCUCAGCUCCGGGCGGCGGGGACGGCGCGGAAUACAAGACUCUGAAGAUAAGCGAGUUGGGGUCCCAGCUUAGUGACGAAGCGGUGGAGGACGGCCUGUUUCAUGAGUUCAAACGCUUCGGUGAUGUAAGUGUGAAAAUCAGUCAUCUGUCGGGUUCUGGCAGCGGGGAUGAGCGGGUAGCCUUUGUGAACUUCCGGCGGCCAGAGGACGCGCGGGCGGCCAAGCAUGCCAGAGGCCGCCUGGUGCUCUAUGACCGGCCUCUGAAGAUAGAAGCUGUGUAUGUGAGCCGGCGCCGCAGCCGCUCCCCUUUAGACAAAGAUACUUAUCCUCCAUCAGCCAGCGUGGUCGGGGCCUCUGUAGGUGGUCACCGGCACCCCCCUGGAGGUGGUGGAGGCCAGCGAUCACUUUCCCCUGGUGGCGCUGCUUUGGGAUACAGAGACUACCGGCUGCAGCAGUUGGCUCUUGGCCGCCUGCCCCCUCCACCUCCGCCACCAUUGCCUCGAGAGCUGGAGAGAGAAAGAGACUACCCGUUCUAUGAGAGAGUGCGCCCUGCAUACAGUCUUGAGCCAAGGGUGGGAGCUGGAGCAGGUGCUGCUCCUUUCAGAGAAGUGGAUGAGAUUUCACCCGAGGAUGAUCAGCGAGCUAACCGGACGCUUUUCUUGGGCAACCUAGACAUCACUGUAACGGAGAGUGAUCUAAGAAGGGCGUUUGAUCGCUUUGGAGUCAUCACAGAAGUAGAUAUCAAGAGGCCUUCUCGCGGCCAGACUAGUACUUACGGCUUUCUCAAAUUUGAGAACUUAGAUAUGUCUCACCGGGCCAAAUUAGCAAUGUCCGGCAAAAUUAUAAUUCGGAAUCCUAUCAAAAUUGGUUAUGGUAAAGCAACACCCACCACCCGCCUCUGGGUGGGGGGCCUGGGACCUUGGGUUCCUCUUGCUGCCCUGGCACGAGAAUUUGAUCGAUUUGGCACCAUACGCACCAUAGACUACCGAAAAGGUGAUAGUUGGGCAUAUAUCCAGUAUGAAAGCCUGGAUGCAGCGCAUGCUGCCUGGACCCAUAUGCGGGGCUUCCCACUUGGUGGCCCAGAUCGACGCCUUAGAGUAGACUUUGCCGACACCGAACAUCGUUACCAGCAGCAGUAUCUGCAGCCUCUGCCCUUGACUCAUUAUGAGCUGGUGACAGAUGCUUUUGGACAUCGGGCACCUGACCCUUUGAGGGGUGCUCGGGAUAGGACACCACCCUUACUAUACAGAGAUCGUGAUAGGGACCUUUAUCCUGACUCUGAUUGGGUGCCACCACCACCCCCAGUCCGAGAACGCAGCACUCGGACUGCAGCUACUUCUGUGCCUGCUUACGAGCCACUGGAUAGCCUGGAUCGCAGGCGGGAUGGUUGGUCCUUGGACCGGGACAGAGGUGAUCGAGAUCUGCCCAGCAGCAGAGACCAGCCUAGGAAGCGAAGGCUGCCUGAGGAGAGUGGAGGACGUCAUCUGGAUAGGUCUCCUGAGAGUGACCGCCCACGAAAACGUCACUGCGCUCCUUCUCCUGACCGCAGUCCAGAAUUGAGCAGCAGCCGGGAUCGUUACAACAGCGACAAUGAUCGAUCUUCCCGUCUUCUCUUGGAAAGGCCCUCUCCAAUCAGAGACAGACGAGGUAGUUUGGAGAAGAGCCAGGGUGACAAGCGAGACCGUAAAAACUCUGCAUCAGCUGAACGAGAUAGGAAGCACCGGACAGCUGCUCCCACUGAGGGAAAAAGCCCUCUGAAAAAAGAAGACCGCUCUGAUGGGAGUGCACCUAGCACCAGCACUGCCUCCUCCAAGCUGAAGUCCCCGUCCCAGAAACAGGAUGGGGGGACAGCCCUUGCGGCAUCAGCCUCUCCCAAACUCUGUUUGGCCUGGCAGGGCAUGCUUCUACUGAAGAACAGCAACUUUCCUUCCAACAUGCAUCUGUUGCAGGGUGACCUCCAAGUGGCUAGUAGUCUUCUUGUGGAGGGUUCAACUGGAGGCAAAGUGGCCCAGCUCAAGAUCACUCAGCGUCUCCGUUUGGACCAGCCCAAGUUGGAUGAAGUAACUCGACGCAUCAAAGUAGCAGGGCCCAAUGGUUAUGCCAUUCUUCUGGCUGUGCCUGGAAGUUCUGACAGCCGGUCCUCCUCUUCCUCAGCUGCAUCAGACACUGCCACUUCUACUCAGAGGCCACUUAGGAACCUUGUGUCCUAUUUAAAGCAAAAGCAGGCAGCCGGGGUGAUCAGCCUCCCUGUGGGGGGCAACAAAGACAAGGAAAACACCGGGGUCCUUCAUGCCUUCCCACCUUGUGAGUUCUCCCAGCAGUUCCUGGAUUCCCCUGCCAAGGCACUGGCCAAAUCUGAAGAAGAUUACCUGGUCAUGAUCAUUGUCCGUGGGUUUGGUUUUCAGAUAGGAGUUAGGUAUGAGAACAAGAAGAGAGAAAACAUGGCGCUGACCCUGUUAUAG